AUGCGGACAACUCUCGCAUUAUGGGUCUACAUAGUGACCAAUCUUCACGUCUCCACCGCCGCGAUGAACAAUUCAGGUAUUAUUACACCCCUGAUAAUACACGGACAAAACGCCGCUGCAGGCGAGUUUCCAUGGAUCGUCUCAAUUAACGUACUCAAUCCAAAUGGUAAUGGGGAAAGCAACAUUAAGUGUGCCGGCACCCUCAUUGGCGUCGACCGAGUUGCCACCGCGGCACACUGCCUCAUGGAGAAUGAUAAGCUGAUUAGUCCACGGCGGCUGUUAGUUCUCGCCGGUGCGCACAAUAUAUAUGCGCGUGAGCCUACUAUCCAGCCAAAAUCGGUUCAAAGGGUCAUUCCACAUCCAGAAUAUCGCGGAGCGCCAGAUUUUACAGGGCCAGACGUGGGCAUCAUCAUUCUGAACACCGCUGUCGACCUAAACCCUGACGACCAACACCCAAGGGUAGACACGAUUCCACUAUGUGCACAAGAGCCUGCCGACGAUGAUGUCCUUAUCGCAGCGGGAUGGGGAUGGACCAGACCUGAUGGCGGUUUCCCGCUCCAACUGCAGAGAAUUACUCUGCCUAAAGUAACCAGACCCGACUGUAUCGCCCGGUGGGGAACUGACUUGGCCAUUAUAGAAGAUAUGCUCUGCGCAGGAGGGCUCCAGGGUCACGACGUUUCAUACCUCCGUCAAUCCAUAAACCAAAAGGAUAAACCCAAAAACUAA